AUCAUGUUUACUGCGUUUCACGAAUGUUGAUUACGAUCACAGGCUGCUAGAUGCACGAGUUUAUUCAAUAAAGCAAUAUCAAUUAUUGAUGCACACUUUCGCACUGUUUUGAAUUGUUAAUAAAUUGAACAUCAAAACCUGGAUGAUAAGCUUUGGUCAAGAGACAGAGAGAGGCCUUUUGCAUUACUUUGGUAGACUUUGUAAUACAAAAACCAAAGGAAUGUUUAGAAGGAAUGCUCAACUUCUGUGAGGGAUUAGACAUGUGAAGGCACUGAGAGGAAACAUAAACCUACAGAGCACCUGAAGGGACAAGGGUCCAUAUUAUUUAGAUAUCAUAACAUCAUGGAAACCAUGGAGAAAAGUGAGAGGGCUCAUUUUUUCACUGGAAAAGAGCAACAGCUUAUUCUAGAGGCAUAUGGAGAGGAGCGGCCUAUAUUAACAGCCAAAUCCAACACCUUCAGAGCAUCAAAAAUGAGGGAGGCAGCUUGGCAGAGAAUUGCGGACAAAUUGAAUAAGCAAUCUGGCAGUGGAUACAAACGCACAUGGCAACAAGUGAAAGUCAAACAUAAAAAUUUGCUGCAAACAGCCAACAGGAAAAAAGCUGACCUUAGGAGAGACGACAAGGGACCGGCAAAUGUCAUCAUCAAAUCAGACGAUUCCGAUGAGGAGUUUCUUGUGCAGCAAAGCUACUGCGGGCCCAUGGUGGAGGGCAUCCCAGGGGGCACCAGUUCAGAGCCUCACACCUCAAAACCGUCUUCAUGUCAACAGCCAAAUGGAGAAAAGCUGACUUUAGGAGAGACGAAUGUUGUCAUCAAAUCAGACGAUUCCGAUGAGGAGUUUCUUGUGCAGCAAAGCUCCUGCGGGCCCAUGGUGGAGGGCAUCCCAGGGGGCACCAGUUCAGAGCCUGCAGCAGCCUACGGCAGCUCCUCCUACAUAAGUGUGACCGGUCAUUCGCUCACCCUCCUGCCUCCACCGCAGAGUGACCCCGAACACUCCGUCUGUGACGAGACGUUCUCCACGGACACUCGCUUGGAUGAGGAUUUUGACCCCAGCAGUGCCCAGGAGAAGGGCCGUGCCCCUGGAAAGAAAACUGCAGAGCAGGGGCAAACAGACAUAAAGACCCUAUACCGGCGGUACCUCAUUCAAGAGAUCGAGAACAGGGAACAAGAGAUGGCCUACCGGGCUCUUAAAAUGAGGAAAGUGGAGAAGGAAAUACAGUUACUUGAUAAACAGUUGGAGAAACAAUAA